AUGGCCUUCGAGCGUCAGGCGACUCGCGGAGACAACCUUGGGUCCACAAUGCCAGUCGAUACAACCGGGCUCACGGACGAUGAGCUGACUCAAAUAAGGCGAUAUGAGGACUUCACUACGAUCGAUUGGAUAGAGGACUCUAUCAUAGAGAGGAAUAGGAGACUUAGACAGGUCAAAACUUUACAGACGUCGACCAGGGGACCUAAUGGCGAAGUUACGCUCCGUUGGCUAUGGUUUCAAGUGCGGAAGGUCUUGACGGCCUCACAGUCGUGGAUCGUGGUGAGCCUCGUUGGCGCAGGAAUCGGAUUCAAUGCGGCAGUCAUAUCCAUAAUUACGGAGUGGUUGUCCGAUAUGAAGAUGGGGUACUGUUCGGAUGGCUGGUGGUUGAAUAAGCAAUUCUGUUGCUGGGAGAUGGAGGGAAAUGAUGACAGUCCGUGCGACUCAUGGCACAACUGGAGUAAUGUGACUCUUGCGAGGUGGUUGAUAUAUGUUACGUUCGCGGCUAUUUUUGCGUUCGUUGCAGCCCAUCUCGUCAAGUCUCUAGCCAAAUAUGCUGCAGGUUCUGGGAUAUCUGAGAUCAAAUGUAUUCUAGCCGGCUUUAUCAUGCAAGGAUUUCUAGGGUUCUCAACAUUCGUCAUCAAGAGUUUGACUUUGCCUCUCGUCAUAGCGUCAGGGUUAUCUGUAGGUAAAGAGGGCCCGUCAGUACAUUUAGCAUGUACCAUUGCGUACAUAGUAGCUGGUCUGUUCAGUAAUUUCUCUCGUAGCCAAGGUAAGAUGAGGGACAUUUUGACAGCCGCGAGCGCUGCUGGUGUUGCAGUUGCCUUCGGUUCUCCCAUCGGAGGCGUACUUUUCUCUAUUGAGGAAAUGAGUCCGACAUUCUCUAUCAAAACGAUGUGGAGGAGUUUUUUGUGUGCCUUGGUCGCUACGAUCACACUGUCGGCGAUGAAUCCAUUCAGGACCGGAAAGCUAGUCUUAUUCCAGGUCACAUAUGAUCGAGAUUGGCAUUUCUUCGAAAUCAUUUUCUUUGUCGUCCUUGGAAUUUUUGGUGGGUUAUAUGGCGCAUUUGUGAUCAAAUUCAAUAUGCAAGUCCAAUCAUUCCGCCGGAAACAUCUUGCAAAUCAUGCUGUGGCCGAAGCUGUAACGCUGGCCGCGAUCACUGCUAUGAUCGGAUACUUCAACCGCUUUCUACGAAUCGAUAUGACUGAAAGCCUGGAAAUUCUGUUCCGAGAAUGCGAUAACGGCGGUGACUAUGAGAGUCUAUGCCAAACCUCCGCGCAAUGGCGCAUGGUAAACUCCUUAUUUCUGGCCACCGUGAUUCGCAUAGGUCUUGUCAUCAUCUCAUAUGGAUGCAAGGUGCCAGCUGGGAUUUUCGUACCCUCUAUGGCCAUUGGGGCCAGUUUUGGUCGCAUGAUUGGAAUCAUGGUGAAGGCUCUCUCCUUUGCAUAUCCAAACUCCGGGAUAUUCUCGGUCUGCCACGCAGAUAUCCCAUGCAUUACACCUGGGACGUACGCUUUCCUGGGUGCUGCAGCUGCUCUGAGUGGAAUCAUGAGAAUAACAGUAACUGUUGUUGUCAUUAUGUUCGAAUUGACAGGGGCUCUAACGUACAUUCUACCGACGAUGAUCGUCCUUUUGGUCACAAAAGCAGUCGGCGACUUGCUAGGAGUGACUGGCAUUGCAGAUGAAGCCAUUCGCUUCAAUGGUUAUCCAUUUUUAGAGAAAGAUGACCAUGUAUAUGAUGUUCCAGUUUCCACUGUGAUGCGACGGGAUCUGCAGACGUUUCGUGUAUCUGGUAUGACGCUCCGCGAUGUCGAGGCGCAAUUGGCGUCGACAAGCGUCAAGGGAUUCCCCGUCAUUUCGGACGAUGAAAACCGGACCCUUAUGGGAUAUGUGGGACGAACUGAGCUACGAUAUGUCAUAGAUAAAGCAAGACGAAUACAAGAGUUAUCGGAAGAGAUACUUUGCUUUUUUGCCCCUGAUAUCUCAACGCAGGAUGAUAGCAGCUGGUCCGCUAUCGGAACCGAUGAUGACGUUUCGAUGGAUGUUCUGCAUGCUCAGGCAUCACCAGAUGGUUUGAAGCUCUGGCCUUGGGUCAACAGGACGCCGGUGACAGUCGCAUCACCCCUACCUCUGGAGAUCGUGAUGCAACUGUUCAAGCGUAUGGGGCCUCGCGUAAUUCUUGUGGAAGACUACGGCUCACUCGUUGGAUUGGUAACGGUCAAGGAUGUAUUACAACUGAAGCCCAAUCGUCAUUACCUAUAUUGUGCUGCGAUUAAUGAGCUAAAGUAUAUGAAACCGGAUUUCACUUCGUGGUCCUAG